AUGAAGGGAGACGAUGCCCGGCAGAGAAAAAAAGAGGGGAGAGCCAAGAAUGGGGAGCGUUCCAAGCAAAGAGGAAAGAACAGAAGCAAACACAAUGAGAGCCGUGCUGCUGCCCGGGAGGUGGUGGAGGAACAGAUGCCACUUAUCCCAGAAAAGCGCCCACCUGAGAAAAAGGCACCCAUGAAAAGGCCAGGGGAUGAAGCAGCCACAACCAUUGCCUUGCAGGUGAUUUUCCCAUACCUCCUUGCAGGUCUGGGCAUGGUGAUGGCAGGAAUGGUGUUGGAUAUGGUUCAGGUAAGAGAAAAUUUUACAAACAUUUCACGUUAUCCAAUCCUUUAAUUCACCAUCUGCAUGUUAAUGCCAUUGCAUAGACAAACUGUUAAAGGUGGAAGUAAUGUUCUGGAAUGUGCUAUUUUACUAGUGCUGGAAGCUCAGUAUUUUAGUUAAAGGGACAUUAUAGUCACCAGAACAAAUACAACUUAUUAUAUUUGUUCUGGUGAGUAUAAUUAUCCCCACUGAUGUUGUCAGCCAAGAAGGCAGAUCAGAGGCAGAGCCAGCAGCAGCAGACUGGAAUAAAGGUACGAUUUUACUAUAUUAAGGAGGGCAGGGGGGCUAGAUGGUGUUUUUAACAGGAGUACAUGGAAGUGAGUGAAGCAAUUACGUAUGAGAAUAGUCUAUCAUCAAAGCUGGAUUCUGGAUGGAGGCUUGGUCUUUUCAGCCAAUAAGAAUGCAGUUAGAAUUCAAAUCAUGGUCAGUGUUUGGAUGUACAUGGAUGAAAAUAAAUGAAUGGCUGGCAUAAUAAUAGCAGAAUUGGGGGGGCGCAGCCGGGCUCCAACUAUGCUGCUCUCUCGGGGUACAGUACUGCGAUUCACCCACAACAUAGCCCAUUGGACUGGGGAAGCUUGUACGAACCCGGCGACACUACACUCGACACCGGGCUUGACCGGGAACCACAACAGAAGGUUGAGUCCUACUGGAGGAGGCCAAGGGGAAGGACGUUCGCCUUCCCGUCUGAUACUAAAACCUCAUGUGAGCACGAAGUGGACCGGUGGGGGAUAUCCCAGUCCCCGCCAGAUGGAGUACCUCGAACCCCACACCUCACGAUGGGCCCCUCAAUCUCUCCACGCAACGUGGGAAAGGGGGCCUCCAAGAUGGCGAAUCUGUCUGACUCUGCCACGAGACAAGCGGCAGCAACAACAUGCCCUACCGGACACCAGCGACCACGCAAGAGACACCCUUGCUGAAAUCUUUGACCGCUUUUGGGCCAAGCUGCUGAUACACUUACAGCCAGUGACGAAUCACCACAAACCGUCCACACGGGAUAAAGUCAAUGGUGCACAGAGGCCUGGGAAUCCUCUUCAGGGCAUCACGAAGUCCCACGCUACAGACUCCCGCAUCAAGGGCCCUCCCGGGCUGAGAACAGCAGGGGGCAUACCCAAUAGGUGCUGGCCACAGGCGGAGAGCAGCAAGACGACAACCUGGAAGGGUCAACAAGACUCCCCGCAGCAUCCCGCAAGGGACGAUCCUGGACCACGUCGAUUCCCAGGCUUGUGUCAAGAGGGCACCAGCUCUCACACAGCACCGGGGCAGAAGGGAACAAUCACCUCAACAACUCCAUGUCAAUCCCCCAAUACUACGGAACUCCAGUAAGAGUCACAAGCCUGGAAUGAACUUGGCCUCCGGCAGGCAAUGAGUACAUGGCAGUGAGGUACUAGUCCCAUCGCAGGCGAGGGGCAGGAGUGCCGCCUCUGCAAGGCCACCCGCCCUCGUGAACUGUGCCCACAUGGAAGCACUGACCGCUACCUUGCUGCAUAGCAGGAAUUCGGGGUACCCUUGACGGGCAUCGGCUGAAUAAGCUACCUGAGUCUGGAAGAUCCCUACUGCCGUGGAUGCUUCGCAGAUCCCAUACGCAGCAUAGGGUGCAGACACCGGGCGGAGGUUUUCUCAGGCCUACCACAGAACUGUACAUAUGUUACUUUUAUGAUUCCAUAUUCUGUGGCAUAAUCUUCCAGCUGAAUGCAUUUAUCUUCUUUUCCCCUUUUUUUCCCUUUCUGUUUUAUCCUCCUACUUUACGGUGGGAAAUGCAUGCUACCACUCUAGGGCAUAGUGCCCUUAAUCCUUUUGUUAAUUUCCAUAAAUGCACAUAGCUAGCAUAUUAUUUACUCCUGCAUUGGCACACACCUCAUGGUCAGCUGUGGGAUCUGUCGCAACACUUCAGGGCUAGUUAAGGAAGCGCUCCACAGCUCACAUAAUGACCUAGACAAGCAUUACUGAUAAGUAUAGCCUGUAUUAUUCCAGUUUAAUCCUGUUUAGCAUGGGCAGCCAGUUGAUAUCUCUGCCAUUUAUUAUGUCUGACCUGGAGUGUGGCACAGAGUACACUCACUUACUUAAACCCAGCACCCAUAAUGCCACGAUAAUGCUAAGCCUGUAUCAUCGUCCAACCUCCCACCUAGUGGGGGCCCACACUGGGUUCCACCCCCACUAGAUCUGCUUAGCAUGCCAAUCUGCAUUCGACGCAUCCUAUGGCUGACCGGUCACCUAACACAUUCCAUACUGGGCACCCAGUGGCAUUACCAUACAUACAGAAUAAUAGGUGGAGCUGUAUAAUGUCCUGAAUAAUCUGUAAAACAGAAUAAAUACAUAGUGAAUAGUAGUAAAAUAGUUGAACUCUCAAGACUAGAGUCAUACCGUCAUAUGUAUGACUCUAGUCUUGUGAGUUCAACUAUCUUACCUCUACUAUUCACUAUUAUUUUAUUCAGACAAGCUACGCUAUUUGUAUUUAUUCUGUUUUACAGAUUAUUCAGGACAUUAUGCAGCUCCACCUAUUAUUCGGAAUGUAUGGUUUUGUAUUUAUAGUGGUGUAGGGGGUACCACUUUAUAGGUGUUUCAGAGCUAUCAUAUUCUUUUACACUGUGUAUAUCUUCGUUUUAUACUGUUGUACCCAGUGGCAUUAAUUGCAGGCCAUAACAUUUUUGUUUUCCUAUGACUCUGGAGUAAUGGCAUUAUCCUAUGUCCUGCUUUGUACCGUAACUAGCCUAUGCUAAUCUUACUUAACCUCUUCCGAACUAUAAAAUUGUGCAAGUACUAUCGUAUACCUCAAUGUUACAAGUGAUCAAUAUAAGCUUGAGGAUUGCCGUUGGGGUACCUCACGCAUGUUUGUUAUAUUCAUAUGCACUGCAAAAAAAUUAAAAAUAAUAAUAAUAGCAGAAUUGACAGUUUACGUAAUUUCUCCAUACUUAAAGGGACAUAGGCCUUGCUUUCAUAAGCUUCUUGGCUCCACUGUUACACCUAAUACCCAGUAUUCUAGCACGUUUAUCACGUUAAUAAGCUGAGAUGGUUACGAGUCCUAAAGUGUCUCUUUAAGGGACAUUACAUUUUGUUUCUUUUGCUGUAUUUUAUUUAACUAUCUUUCUUUCAUUCCUUUUGGAAUUGUAUCUAAUAUGCUGGAACUGUGAAUUUAUAAGAGAUCUGUUCCACCCUUGUUGGUCUACAAAAAGCGGCACUGUGGUAGUAUAGAAAAAGUAACUGCAGAUCUGGCAACCUUACCCAAAGCGCAAGGGCAAUUACAUAGGGCACCAUGAGUGCAUGGCAUACCAUAGGGCACCAUGAGAACACUUUUGGGUUGUGGGGCUUGUACUUAGAUUUGGAAACUGGGUGGAAUUACCGGUACCACAAGGCACUGGAAAGGAGAGGUUAAUUGCAGGACGGUGUGAGAAAUUACAUUAAAUUGGGUAGGCAAGGGAUAAUUUAACAAGGGACUGUGGGGAUGUAAAUUGAAAAGGAUAAUCAAUUGGCAGGUUAAUGUCGGCAUGUGAUUAGAAAUGAGGACGACAUAAUUGUCAGGGGAUGUGUAAAUGUAAAUGGGGAUACUUGUUAAAGAGAAACAGUCACUUUACAGAUUUUCUAAUAUUAUGUUUGCAUUUCUCUGUAUUUAUCAAAUAUCUAUGAGUGAGUAGAAAAUAAAAUGAGAUAUAGAAAUCCACUUGCUUUAUGCUGGCAUUGAACACCUCAAUAUUUAACUUUCUGUCCGUCAUUGUUAUAAGCUCUGUCCUUUACACCUAGUAGUAAACACAAAAUAAGUACUUGUCUUGUAAGUAGUUGAACCAUUUUAAAAUGGUUAACUUCUUACCUUCUAUAUUGCUGUGCUUCGCUCAGUGAAGAGAACUGUAGUGGAUACUUAGAGUAGUGCUGAGCAUACCCCAAGUAAAAAGUAAACCCGUUACUAAACAAUCCGACUUAUUAUAAUGGGAGGCUGCCAAAGCACUCCUGGGGCCAUAGCCAAUAAAGCACGCUGUACUGGUUAUUAUGCUUAGAGUGCCUUUAACUGCUUACAUUGUGCAUCCUUUUGUAUUGUUUUGCUGGAGUAUAUAUUGAAUAAAAUGCAGUAUGAGUAAGUGUUCAUAGUAUGUUAUAUCUCUCUCUGCGACCACAGAGCUAACAAUUAAGUUUAUACUGAGCAAAAAUGGGCUAGGUCAGAUCAGCUACGGAAAGCAAAUUGUGAAACCAAUAACAUGUAGGAUUUUAGGAUAUUUUUAAUAUACUCGGUGGUCCUGCACUAACCAAUUCUGGUCUGGAUUCCCGAAUGUAAUCUCCAACCAUAGAAUAGAUUUCUUCACAUAGAGAGCACUCAAAGGACUUUGUCAAAAAAACCAAAAACUUCCUGCCUUUACAAAAUGUGUCUUUUAAAAAAAUAAAGAGGUGACGUUUUGAAAACAUUGCAGAACGGCAAUGUUUUCAUUUGUAGAGUUAAAAUGAGAGAGGCAUGGCACGAAGACGACUUUAUUGAGUUGAAGUGGUCUAUGACCCUUUAGAGCCCCUUUAAGGGUUAUCCACUAAAAUUUGAAUUGUUGAGAAUUCAAAAGUAAAAAUCACAUUUUGGCUAAAAUUGUUGAAUUGAAAAUAUAAUUGAGGAUGUUUUCAGUUUGGCUAUUUUGGCCCAAAAGUUUAAAUUCACUUUGGAAUUAUUACCAGUUCAGACUUUAUUGAAUAACUUUGAUUUUUAUUUAGCAAAUUCAGUUUUCACUGUUUAGUAAAUAACAAUGUGUACCAUGGCAGUUGGCUGACCUUUACACAUCACGUUACACUGCUAGGGCAGCCAAUGUUCAGAUAGAGCUGUCAGAAAGAUAUGAACAUGUUUUCAAAUUCCCCUAACAACAAUAACUUUAAAACAAGACCCAUAAGAAAAGAAAAAAACAUACAGUGGAUAAUCUGAACUUGGACGGACUCCAAUUGUAAUACAUAAUAUGGAUAUUGCAUUGGAAAAAAUGGAAAAGAUGCCUUUGAGGCUUCUGCAUUUAAAUGGACAUUAUAGGCACCAGAAGUACUACAGCUUAAAGUAGUGGUUCUGGGGUAAAUAGACUGUCCCUGAGGCCUCAGCAGUGUAACACUGCUUUUUUCUCCUAUGGGAAUGCAUUGGAUUGGCUGAGAUCAUCAAAUGAUCUUGGCCAAUACAAGGGGUGACCGUGGCAAGACCAGGGGCUGAACCUAAACGUAUAUUAUAAUACUAUCAUGUUUGAAUUCCUAACACUAUAGUAUACAUUUAAACCAAGCCAACAGGAUCCCAAAUAAGUCCGGUGGAUCUAACACAGUUGGGAGGUUAUAGGAAAGAUUUUUGAUAGCUCAUUCCUGAUCUUCACAAGCAAAGCUAUGUUGGAGCCAUUUAUAGAGGUGAGGGCUUGCAUGGCACACCAGUGCCCUGUGUGUACAAUGCCAUUGGACUUAAAGUGACACUCAGUACCCCUAAAGCAUGUUUGCUUGCUGAAAAGCUAUAUGUGUGAAAAGUGUGUCCUCUUUUUUUUCAAUUUUGAAAAAAUUGCAGAAAAUUUCAGUAGAAAUGUAAAUUUUUAUAAAUUAACUUGUUACACCACCUGGUCUUUAAGUAGACAACAGGUCCUGUUACUUACUGGUUUGGUUAGCUCAGUGGAACUAAACUCCAGAGGCAGCAAUUUCCCAGAGCACCUGUCUGCAAAGACUUCUCAUCGAGUUACAUUGGGAAGUCUCUGACUGUGCAGCCAGAGAUGGUCUGGGCUGGGUUAGAAGGAGAGGGUUUGCAAAGCCAGCAGACAAGAGGACUGCAGGUUCAGCAGGUGGUUUUAGAUAUAACCCCAAUGAAAAAAUGCUUAAUUAAAAGCAUAUGUUCCGUCAUUUGGGGGUAUAUCAACUAAACUGAGAUUUUUAUUUAUUUUGUAUUUGGGCAGUGGAGUGUCCCUUUAAAAUGACACUAUAGUCACCAAAACCUAUUUAACUUAAUGCAAUAGUUUUUGUAUAAAGAUCAUGCCUCUGAAGUCUCAUUGCACAUUUCUCUGCCAUUUAGGAAUUAUAAAAAAUAUGAAAUAAUAAAGGCAUUAUACAAAUCAUAACAAUAAUUACCAAGAGAUAGUAUUGAGAGUGUGCAAACCUCAUAGAGCAUCUCCCUCAAUGAAAAACAAAAUAGCUCUGGUACUCAGUGUGAGCUAUACUUUUCAGGUGAUGACAGCUGAUAAGGGCUUUGGAUGGGUGUAAAAUUGUUCAGCCAUGCUAGUCAGAAGAGGACUGAAAUCUAUCAUAUCACCUUGUGACUUUUUUCCCAGUCAAAGAGGCCAGCCGUGGGAGAGGGAGACAGUGAGCACAGAAGCCUUCUAAUUUGCUAUAUAUCUCGUGCAGAAUGCAUGCCUGGAAUCCAGCUGAUACUGCCUUAGUGACAAAGGAGUUUGUCAUUGACUUAUAGUGGCCUGAGCACAGAUAUGCUGCACUGUGCAUUUAUUUUAUCUAAUGCAGCCACAUGGUAAGUCUUUCCAGGAAGCCUGGUGGCAAUGUGCACCCAAAGAACUUGAAUAUACGGUCUAUCUCUUGUUCUCUUCAUUUGCCUAUGUGGAGUUUUGGUAAUGAGCACCUAGUCUUGUUAUGGUCAAGUGUGGUGUAGGUUUGUGAUUCCUAUACAUUAGCUCUGGUUUAUCCUAUGGAAGGCUGUUUGUUCCUUGGGAAAGAAGACUACAUGCCGAUGACAUCUUUCACCACUCUGGAUGAAGAUUUGAUUAGUGGGGAUUGUUUCCCACCGAAGCUGGAGCUUGCAAGGGUUGAAUUAAGUCUCCAUCGGGUUGUAUCUGGAUAGUUAUGAAUUAAGAGAGAAAACAUGGUGGUCACACAGUUAGAAUUAGAGUGGUGCUUCCAUGACAAGAAGCUCAGAGGCUUUAAAUGUAAGCUUACCAGGUUACCCAAAGACUUUAUCCCCGAGACCCACUUCUCCAUAGUGACUCAAGUGGUUUUGCCUUACCUGCUGGCUGGCCUGGCAAUGGUGGGAGCUGGACUGCUCAUGGACCUUUUUCAGGUACGUGCUCUAUGACAGGGGCUCAUAAAUUUGUUUGAAUAUUUUGUAAUCCAAACGCGGACGCAAAAAUCCUGUAUAUAAAUUAAAAAGACAAUACAUGUAUUUGGGGCUUAUUUUAAAGUUUAGCAAAUAUACAUAUUUUCUUAAAACACAAUGCUAGCACAUUUUGCAGUUCUGCACUGCAACAAGUCUGUGAGAGAUUAUUGUAGACAAUGUAUUUUAGUGAAAUGUAAAACUAUGUUUGUUCAUUGCACUAAACUGUAAAAUUUACACACUCAGAUUCAGAAGUGGCACAAUUUUAAUGUAUACCUUUUAAAUACUUUUUAAGUUUGUGUCUCAGUUUACAAACACACUCCCUCUCUUUCUAAUAUAAUUCAAAAUUUCCACUAUUUACUAGCUAUUGGCGAAUUAAAAUUCAGCCAGGGUGUGUGUGCCAUACAGUACUUGAAAAAAAGUUUACACAUAUAUAUAUAUAUAUAUAUAUAUAUAUAUAUAUAUAUAUAUAUAUGAUUCAUGUUGGUGGUUGAUGUCUAGAAAAAAAAGUAUAUUUUUUAAAUGCGUCCUUUGUGUUUUGCUACUGACGUUGUUCCCCUACCUGACUUACACAGUGCAUUAUAUCAGUUUGUUAUAUAUGGGAGCCCCAUCUUGUGAUUAACACAAUAGAAUGUAAGCAAAAAUAUAGUGGCUGUCUGAGUGACUGCUACUAAGCAGAAAUGUUAACACUUCCUUUUCUCUGAAAUGGCAGUGUUUACAUUGAAAAGCUUACAGAGACAGGAUAUAGACACCAGAAUCACUACAUUAAGCUGUAAUGUCCCUUUAGGAAUUGUAUUUUUGUUGCUGAAAAUGAAGCUUUGUUAAAAAAACAAAAAAACUAAAAAAAAACAACUGGUCCUAACUUUUUUAGCUGCCUCCUAGAUUCCAAGCAAAUUUGUCAAGCCCUGGCAUAUCGGAGAUAUUGCUUUCCAUGGAGAUUUCUCCACUGCUUGACAUUAGAAUGCUCAAAAAAUGAUUCUGAAACAGAUAGAGGAAUCAGCAUUUAUUUUGCAAGCUGGCUUCUUCAUUUGCCAAACUUUCACUUUAACCAUUCUACUGGUCCUCCACUUGUUAUUUUUCUCAUAAUUUCAAUAUAUAUUGUAAAAAAACUAAGUUUUUCAUACAAUAUAAGAUUCAUUUCCAGGCACACGAUUCAUUGUCCUGAUGCUGCCUUCCUGGUGGAAGAGUGUUUGUUACUGUUGAAAUCUGGAUUUAUCUGUAAUCAGGUUAAUAUGUAAAAUAAACUAUCCAUUACCGAGAAAAUGUAAUGUAAUUCUCUGCAUCAACCUAUUUAACUUAAUGCAAUAGUUUUUGUAUAAAGAUCAUGCCUCUGAAGUCUCAUUGCACAUUUCUCUGCCAUUUAGGAAUUAUAAAAAAUAUGAAAUAAUAAAGGCAUUAUACAAAUCAUAACAAUAAUUACCAAGAGAUAGUAUUGAGAGUGUGCAAACCUCAUAGAGCAUCUCCCUCAAUGAAAAACAAAAUAGCUCUGGUACUCAGUGUGAGCUAUACUUUUCAGGUGAUGACAGCUGAUAAGGGCUUUGGAUGGGUGUAAAAUUGUUCAGCCAUGCUAGUCAGAAGAGGACUGAAAUCUAUCAUAUCACCUUGUGACUUUUUUCCCAGUCAAAGAGGCCAGCCGUGGGAGAGGGAGACAGUGAGCACAGAAGCCUUCUAAUUUGCUAUAUAUCUCGUGCAGAAUGCAUGCCUGGAAUCCAGCUGAUACUGCCUUAGUGACAAAGGAGUUUGUCAUUGACUUAUAGUGGCCUGAGCACAGAUAUGCUGCACUGUGCAUUUAUUUUAUCUAAUGCAGCCACAUGGUAAGUCUUUCCAGGAAGCCUGGUGGCAAUGUGCACCCAAAGAACUUGAAUAUACGGUCUAUCUCUUGUUCUCUUCAUUUGCCUAUGUGGAGUUUUGGUAAUGAGCACCUAGUCUUGUUAUGGUCAAGUGUGGUGUAGGUUUGUGAUUCCUAUACAUUAGCUCUGGUUUAUCCUAUGGAAGGCUGUUUGUUCCUUGGGAAAGAAGACUACAUGCCGAUGACAUCUUUCACCACUCUGGAUGAAGAUUUGAUUAGUGGGGAUUGUUUCCCACCGAAGCUGGAGCUUGCAAGGGUUGAAUUAAGUCUCCAUCGGGUUGUAUCUGGAUAGUUAUGAAUUAAGAGAGAAAACAUGGUGGUCACACAGUUAGAAUUAGAGUGGUGCUUCCAUGACAAGAAGCUCAGAGGCUUUAAAUGUAAGCUUACCAGGUUACCCAAAGACUUUAUCCCCGAGACCCACUUCUCCAUAGUGACUCAAGUGGUUUUGCCUUACCUGCUGGCUGGCCUGGCAAUGGUGGGAGCUGGACUGCUCAUGGACCUUUUUCAGGUACGUGCUCUAUGACAGGGGCUCAUAAAUUUGUUUGAAUAUUUUGUAAUCCAAACGCGGACGCAAAAAUCCUGUAUAUAAAUUAAAAAGACAAUACAUGUAUUUGGGGCUUAUUUUAAAGUUUAGCAAAUAUACAUAUUUUCUUAAAACACAAUGCUAGCACAUUUUGCAGUUCUGCACUGCAACAAGUCUGUGAGAGAUUAUUGUAGACAAUGUAUUUUAGUGAAAUGUAAAACUAUGUUUGUUCAUUGCACUAAACUGUAAAAUUUACACACUCAGAUUCAGAAGUGGCACAAUUUUAAUGUAUACCUUUUAAAUACUUUUUAAGUUUGUGUCUCAGUUUACAAACACACUCCCUCUCUUUCUAAUAUAAUUCAAAAUUUCCACUAUUUACUAGCUAUUGGCGAAUUAAAAUUCAGCCAGGGUGUGUGUGCCAUACAGUACUUGAAAAAAAGUUUACACAUAUAUAUAUAUAUAUAUAUAUAUAUAUAUAUAUAUAUAUAUAUAUGAUUCAUGUUGGUGGUUGAUGUCUAGAAAAAAAAGUAUAUUUUUUAAAUGCGUCCUUUGUGUUUUGCUACUGACGUUGUUCCCCUACCUGACUUACACAGUGCAUUAUAUCAGUUUGUUAUAUAUGGGAGCCCCAUCUUGUGAUUAACACAAUAGAAUGUAAGCAAAAAUAUAGUGGCUGUCUGAGUGACUGCUACUAAGCAGAAAUGUUAACACUUCCUUUUCUCUGAAAUGGCAGUGUUUACAUUGAAAAGCUUACAGAGACAGGAUAUAGACACCAGAAUCACUACAUUAAGCUGUAAUGUCCCUUUAGGAAUUGUAUUUUUGUUGCUGAAAAUGAAGCUUUGUUAAAAAAACAAAAAAACUAAAAAAAACAACUGGUCCUAACUUUUUUAGCUGCCUCCUAGAUUCCAAGCAAAUUUGUCAAGCCCUGGCAUAUCGGAGAUAUUGCUUUCCAUGGAGAUUUCUCCACUGCUUGACAUUAGAAUGCUCAAAAAAUGAUUCUGAAACAGAUAGAGGAAUCAGCAUUUAUUUUGCAAGCUGGCUUCUUCAUUUGCCAAACUUUCACUUUAACCAUUCUACUGGUCCUCCACUUGUUAUUUUUCUCAUAAUUUCAAUAUAUAUUGUAAAAAAACUAAGUUUUUCAUACAAUAUAAGAUUCAUUUCCAGGCACACGAUUCAUUGUCCUGAUGCUGCCUUCCUGGUGGAAGAGUGUUUGUUACUGUUGAAAUCUGGAUUUAUCUGUAAUCGGGUUAAUAUGUAAAAUAAACUAUCCAUUACCGAGAAAAUGUAAUGUAAUUCUCUGCAUCUUUUUCAGCACUGGGAUGUCUUUAAAACAAUCACAGAAAUCUUUAUUCUGGUGCCGGCUCUGGUGGGUCUUAAAGGUAACCUGGAAAUGACACUGGCAUCCCGACUCUCUACAGCAGUAAGUUACUAUGUUAUUGUCGUUAUUUUUUUAUUGUUAAUUCAAAGGACUGGAAUGAGGGAAUGAUUUGUGUUUUAGCUUGUCCCAAAAAAAAAACAUUUCGUAGACUUCUUUAUUCUAAAAAGCCUGCUUAUAUCCUAAAUAUUUGUCUUCCUUUAAAAAAGGAAGUUAUUUAAUGCAUUAGCUUUAUUGCUCAAACUGUACACUUGCCUUCCAGGCAUUAGCAAAUUACUAUUAUUAUUAUUAUUGGUAUUUAUAUAGCACCAAUUAAUUCCGCAGCUCUUUACAAUAUUAUGAUCAGAUGAGUGGAAUUUCAGCCCUGUGGUGUGCUCAAUUUCACGCCUCUUCCCACUAGUUCGUAGUGCUGUUUAAAAGAGGGUUUUUUUUGAGUUGUGAAGUAUAUUAUAUGACAGAGAGAGCUUUUAUGAAACUGGUAGGGCUAACUUUUGGCAACCCACCUUAGCUCUCACAUUGCUUUAGAGAAAAUUUAGAUCUAAUUCACUGUUUAGUACAAGGGUGUCAAACUCAUUUGUAUUGGAGAGCUAACUUGUUCACUGAAAUAGUUAUGGAGGACUAAAUGCAUGACAUUUUUAAUACACAAGCGCAAACAAGAAAAAAAAGCCGGCACAUAGAACGUCUUCACAUAAUGUAAUUAAUGUAAUUUUUGUGUAGUGUUGGUGCUUGAAUGCAGUUGCGUGCUUGUAUGUACUUUUGCCAUUUAAAUGCAGUGUUGUAUUUGUGUGUAGUGUUGGUGUUUGAAUGCAGGGGUGUGUGAGUAGUGUUCACAUUAGAGUGCAUGUGUGUAUCUGUGCACAGUGUUCACAUUUGCAUUUUAUGUUUGUGUGUAGUGUUUGUUUUAAAUGCAGGGGUGAAUUUGUAUGUAGUGUUGGUGUUUGAAUGCAGUGACAUUUUUGUGUUUGAAUGCUGGGGUGUAUAUUUGUUCAGUUAUGGCGUUUGAAUGCUGGGAUGUAUGCCCUGCCACACACACAAAGCUGCACACACUGACACACACACUGAAACAAACAUGUACAAACAGACACAUGUACACACAUACAGAUGCAUACACUGACACAGAUAUGCACACAAACUCAUAUACAAGUACAAAUACAGACAGACAGGUGCAUAUGCACACAGACACAUAUAUAUAAGUAACAAUUAACAUAGCUUAAGCCAUUAUCUUGUUUCCUUGGGUGUAGGAGGGUGCCUUAAGGUAUAUGGCCAUAGAGUGAAAAAAGAAUGAAGUCUAACAACUUUAAUGCCAUCAGUUUCAUACUUGUAUUAGUGUUUUUACUAAGGGCUGCAUAUGAAGAAUGUGGCACUCACUUCUAGUGUGGUAGAAGGAGAGGUCAUAAUAGGUGGGGUCAAACCAUGACCCCAAAUAAUGUUCCUCGGUUAACUAGUGGCUGGGCGUAGACCUUACCUUCUGAUACCAGAACCCCUCAGCACAGACUCCUGCAAUUAGGAAGUUGGCCAGGUGGCUUGAACGAGGUGAAGAUUAACUCAAUGUCCUUGACAUGAUGGGCAACCCAAACUAGAAAGGCAAUCGGAACCAACAGAUGAUCCUUAGAAUCCAAGAAAUAACAGUAUCUCACGGGAUCAGAAAGGGACAAUAAGUUAAUGGCGCUGACUUCCCUGAAGAGAAAAGAAUGAGGUCACUUAUCAUAAAUUGUAAUAUGAUGUUUAUAUAUCCCCUAUGUAUGACAAAUAUGUAUUUUUGAGGUGUGAAAAAUAAAAUUAAAUGUAGGAAUCCACAAUUAUUUAUCCUGGAACUGGGCUCUUCCAUCUAAACAGCUCUCUGACAAUUAUGGUUAUGCCAGGUCCUUGGCAUCUGGCAGUAAACAUACUGAGAAGAAAAGAAACAAACCAAUGUUUCUACUCCCCCUCCUCUUCAUUUGCAAUGUGUGCCAUGGCUGUGCCUAGUCUAAGCAGAAUUAUGAUAUCCUUGCUAAAUGUUUAAUAUCAAUUUUAAAAAAAAUGUAUUGCAUGAAAAAGAUUUCCAGUGUUUUAUUCAGCGCAAUUUCCAGAGAUAUAAUGGUUCCCAUUUAACAAAGAUUCUGCAGAUGAUGAUGUCAGAAAUAAUUGCCUGGGUGAACUGUAGUGGUUAUGGUGCUUUGAGGGUUCCUUUAAUUCUGUAAAAAAUUCACAACUCCACAAUGUAUAUAAAGCAAGGGGAUCUGUUUUACCAUAAAUUGCAUCCUUUAAAUAUGAAUAAAAAGAUAAAGUUGUCUGAAUAUCACUUCUUGCCCAGUUCCUUCACUCCUAACAUAGCAUUUGGAAUGUGACCUUGCGCUGCCUGUGAAGGUCAAAUUAUUGGAUAUACUAAAUAACACGUGUAAUCAAGAAAUUAGCUAGAGAAGUAAAUGCACAAUGUGUAUUUUUUGUUUUGUUUAGUGGGUAUUUGGAGUGUUUCAUGAAAUACAUCAUCUAAUAGGUUCAUUUUACAAUAAAAUAAAGAAUAGAGAGCUGCAUCAAGUGAAUAUAUAUACCCGACACGACUGAAAACAUAAACAUUAAGAUAUCAAUAGUUUAUAACAAGAUUCCAUUAAGUAUAGUUUUGUAACCCACAGGAUUUGGUGAUUCUAAUUCAUACGGAGAUUAGAGUAAACCUAUGGGAUUGGAUCAAUGUAAAACAAUAAAAAAUGUAAUUCAAUUAGUUUUACUUUUAUUGCAAUAUAAUAAUAAAAUGAGAUGUUAUUAAUGUCUGCAUUAUUAUUAGCAUUGACAUAUCCCACGCUUUAUAAUUAUAGAAUUAUAAGAAUGAGUUUACAAUCUAUGAGAAUUUGUGAUAUGUAGGCAGAUGUAUAUCAUUAGGGACAAAAACUGGUAAGGUGGUCUGACUGGGAUACCAACUUGAGUUUCUUGGCUCUAAAGAUGUUAUCGCUACCUACAUACCAGUAGUGAGAUUGAUUGUCAUGUUAAUUAUUUUUGAGAGUGUAGAAUUAUUCUUGCUGACUUCUUUGUUGUAAACCCCUACAACUAGCUUACUGUCUGCUAGCAAAGCAGUGUACACAGCAUUCCGUGUUUGCCUUUUUAAUGUAUUACAGGCAAGUUUAUAUUAGUCUGUGAUUUGAUCUCCCUGUGGCACAUACAGUUCGGAAAUCUAGCCUAAUCCCUACAGCAGCAGCAUGUGUCCUGCACAUGUAGUCGGUAUAUGCCAAGAAUGUGCACUUUGUAUUCUGUUCAUCUAUGUAUGCAUGAAAUAAAACGAAAAAAGCAACAGAAGGGGUAGCGCCACAGAGUAGAAAUACCUAAGGUACAGUGGGAAACAACUUAGAUAGGAAAAAAUAUAUAUAUCAAGAAAUAAAAAAUAAAUGGUUUUAUAUAUACGGAAAUGUCCUGAUUAUAGAGUCCAUAGGUAGGAAAAGUUCAAUAUGGUUACAAAUGUACAUUGGCCAGGGGUGGUAUCCGGAGGUUUGAGAAGGAUUCUUCGAUGGGGAUGUCAAAGAUGAUCAGCAGUGUAUCCGUAUAUGGGAAAAGAAAGGAAAUGAUGGUACAGUAUGUACUGGCAGGGAGAGUAUAAAAUAUAUAAUAGAAUCUUACUCACGUUUUAUGGAGCUAGAACUAGCUCCAGUAUAGAUAGUGUGCAGUGGUACAAUCCCCACUUUAAAGGAUACGUGAAUAUAGCUUCUCAGUUGGGUGAGGAUCAUAAAAUAUAAAAAGAAACGACAAAUAGUGCUCACAGUUUAAAAUACCAGGAAUGUUAUUCCUGGUAUUAUUCCUGGUCUUUUAAACUGUGAGAACUAUUUGUGAUUUAUUUUUAUAUUUAAUGGUCCUCACCCAACUGAGAAGCUAUAUUCACAUAUCCUGAGUACCUACUGAGGAUCACUGAAAUUAUUAUAUAUGAUUUAUUUCCUUAUAUGGAGUAUGAAACACACUGUUUAUAUAUAAAAGAAAGCAUGGUUACUUGGAAGUGUGCCCCUUAUACAGUGUUAAUCAUUUAUUUUUCUAACAUUGUUCAAUAAAAAUGUUUUUGAAAAUAAAUGUGUCCCUCACGGGAUAGUCAUCAUUGAAAUGGUAAUUGCUUUACAGGGCUGAAGUGAUGGAGAUGGAGCACAGUCACUGUUUCAGCGAGGGAUCCUUUUUGUUCGUAUACACGUGUGUUUGUUUCAGUCUGAAUUAGACAGUAACUGGCAGAUUACUAAAAAAGCACCAAAUCAUAUUUACGUUCAUGCAUUUGUAUAUAUGUAUAUCAUCUAAUAUUAGGUGAUUUUUGUUUUGUGUUGGUGAAGUGUUACAUCUUAUUAUGUUUUGUCUCUUCUUUCAGUCAAAUACUGGGCAGUUGGAUGAUCAGAAGGAGAGGUGGAAGUUAGCCAUUAGUAACUUGGCGUUAAUUCAGGUCAGUCCUAUGGAGAUUCCCAGGAUGUUUUGAUUGGAGGGCUCGCUAUCCUGGUGACACUGUGUUCUCAGCUGCUAAAAAAACAUCUGGCCAAUAUGGAGUUCUCCUGCAAUGGUGGAUUUUUAUUUCCCAUCGUGCCUUGCAAACCAUAGGCAUAGCUCAUUGGAUAUAGAAUCCACAACAGCUAGAGAGAGUCAGCUGUCCAUCUAUGUUCUAAAAAGGAAUCUUAAAUAAGUUUCCCUGUUUACUAUGCAUUAUGCUUGUUGGCCAUGCAGAACUAUAGAAUAGGUCUUUCAUCUCUUUGCGUAGUAUUUAUCAGUACUAGGAUGCUGGCUGAAUAUGUUGCAGAAUUGUCUAUCAGACAUGAUCACAUCUAUUCUAAAAAGUAUUGCUUAUCCAAGGGACAAUGAUUUUUUUGUGAUACAUUCUUUGAAAAGCAAAAAUCCAGAAAACCACAACGUAUGUAUAUUUGUUUUAUGUUAUCAUAUCCCAUCUGAGAUACAUAUUUUCUAAGGUAACAAGUUUACAUUUUAUAGCCUUUCUAAAUAACUAGAAUCUUCCAUUAUCCUAAUAAAUUUUGUUACACAUUUUUAGUUCUGUAAAAUUCUUUGAAUUAGGUCCCCAAAAUUGCAUCACAAUUCACACGUGUGGUCUUACCAUUGAUUUAUCAAGAGGCAAAAUUAUAUUUUUGUCCUUUUUAUGCAUAUAGUUUCUUAUGUGUUCCUCACAGAAAAAUACAUAAGUUUGCAUAUAUCGACAGAGAUAUUUACUAUAGAGAGCAUUGUCAGGAAUUCAAAGUGAAUUCCAAAUUGAAGGCCAAAGUAGUCGAACUGGAAAAAUUCUCCAAGUCCCCUGUGUGUCCAGUUCAGAUACUUUGGCCUAAACCUUUAAAUUUAUUUUCGAAUUCCUGAAAAUUCUCACUUUAACCCUCAUACUGUAAAUCUCAUUUGUCAUUUUUCUGCCCAGUUCUCUAAUUUAUACAAAUCCCACAAUAGUUAGGUAAUAUGUUCACAGGGUAUUAUCUUACCUAGUUUUGUAUCAUUUGCAGAAACAGACACAUGAUUUUAAAUGCCAUUGUAAGAUUAUUAAUAAACAAUUCGAAAGCUAUUCAAAAUUAACCAAGAAUAGAAUCUUUAGGGGCACCACUUUUGUCUCACUUAAAAAUGUUCCAUUAGAAACUACUAUCUGCACUUAAAGGAACACUAUAGGGUCAGGAACACAAACAUGUAUUCCUGACCCUAUAGUGUUUAACCCACCAGUUAGGUGGCUUGCUUCCCCUUAGCCCCCAUAUAAAAUAUUCAAACUCACCUUAUUUCCAGUGCUGCACGGGUCUGCCGGCACUUGCGCCGCGCCCUUUUGUGACACCAUCAGAAUAGCAGAUUCUUUGCUAAUUGGCUUAAAUUGGCACGGGGGCGGGGCCAAAUGCCGUUUUGGCCAGUCAGACCUCCUCAUAGAGAUGCAUUGAAUCAGUGCAUCUCUAUGAGGAAAAUUCAGCGUCUCCAUGCAGAGGGUGGGGACGCUGAACAUCAGUGCUGGUUUUUCGGCAGUACUGACCCGAGAAGCACCUCCAGUGGCCACUUGGAGGUGUCCCUAGAGGCCAUGUGUUUGCAUGAAAAAAGGCAGUGUUUGCAUGAAAAAAGCCUAAAGGGAACUAUUAUACUCACCAGAACAACAAAAUUAAGCUGUAGUUGUUCUGGUGACUAUAGUGUCCAUUUAAUCUUUAAACCAAUGUGCAAUCCAAGAAGAAGAAUAAUUGAUUUUAACUAGUACAGUAUCUUUUGAGUGAAAUUAUAUUAAUGUCUUGGCAAAAUCCAUGUAGAUCACGUUGCAACACCCUGAUCUAUACAUUUACUGAUUUUAUUUUUAGAAUUAGAUGGUUAGUUUGACAAGAUCUCUUCCUAAUAAACCAUGUUGAUUGUUACUAAUGAUGCUGUUGUUCACUGUGAUUCAUGUUGAUUUCCUAAAUAUAAUUGCUUAAUAACCCUUCAUAUAAUUUCCAACAUAGAAGUAAGUUUCAUGCAUCUGUAAUUUCCCUACAGAAAUGUGGAUCCAUUUUUAAAUAUGGGUACUACAUCUACUAUUCUCCGAUAAUUUGAUAUGACUUAUUCAAUAUUAAAAACAAUGAUUUGGUUAUUAGAACAAUUGCAUCUAGGUGCAUUAGCUCAUGUUGGGCGAGGUCCUCAAGGAGUUAAAAUCUACAGAGGUCAGUCUGACCCACUGUGUGUGUUAUGUAACUGCUCUGUGUAUCUUUGUUGCAGGUUCAGGCCACAGUGGUCGGGCUUCUGGCUGCUAUUGCUGCUGUCAUCUUGGGUGCCAUGUCUAAAGGUUACGUGGAGAUGGACCAAGUUUUCGUACUCUGUGCCAGUAGCGUCACCACAGCAUUCAUAGCGGCUCUGUCCUUGGGUAAGUCCUCAUUCUUUUUGGGAAAAUGCCGAAUCUUAAUCAGGAACAGUAUUUCAUUAACCAUAGGCAUGUGCCAUGAUUUCAUACACUACUGCAAGCUAUCCUAAUUUUUUGCAUUACAUUGUUAGGGUUCUAAUCCUAUUUACCUCAGCCAGGAAUAAUUCUUAGAGUAUCACCUAGACACCCACAGUGGCUUGCCUAUUAGUAACUGUUAAAAUCAUUCUGACAUUUUUGUGUUGUUUAUUUUUAGAAUAAUAUACAGUGAUCAACCACAACAGUAAAACCACCUGCCUAGUAUUGUGUAGGACCCCUCAUGCUGCCAAAACAGCUCUAAUGCAUUGAGGCAUGGACUCCACAAUAUCUCUAAAUGUGUCCUGUUGUAUCUGGCACCAAGACAUUAGCAGCAGAUCCUUUAAGUCCUGCAGGUUGUGAGGUGGGCUUCUAUGGAUCAGAUUUGUUGUUCCAGCACAUUCCACAGAUGCCCAAUCAGACUCAGAUCUGUAGAAUUUGAAGUCUUAGUCAACACCUUGAACUCUUUGUCAUGUUCAUUAAACCAUUCCUGAACAAUUUUUGCAGUGUGGCAGGGUGCAUUAUCCUACUGAAAGAGGCCACUGCCAUCAAGGAACACCAUUUCCAUGAAGGGUUAUACAUGGUCUGCAACAAUCUCUAGGUAGGUGGUACGUGUCAAAGUAACAUCCACAUGAAUGCCAGGACCCAAGGUUUCCCAGCAGAACAUUGCCCAGCAGAGCAUAACACUGCUUUUGAUGGAUUGCCUUCUUCCCAUAGUGCAUCUUGCUGCCAUCUCUUCUCCAGUUAAAGGAUGCAUAUGCCCCUGGCCACCCACCUGGUCUAAAAUAAAAUGUGAUUCAUCAGACCAGGCAAUCUUCUUUUAUUGCUCCAUGGUCAAAUUAUUAUGCUCAUGUCAUCAUUGAAUCAGCUUUUGGGGGUUGGAAAGGGGUCAUCACGGGAACUCUCAACCGAUCUGGGGCAACGCAGCCCCAUAAGCAGCAAACUGCAAUGCAUUGUGUGUUCUGACAACUUUCUAUCAUGGUUCUAUCAUUAGAUAUCUAUGAACCUGACACUGGUUCACUGGUUUUCCUUCCUUGCACCACUUUUGAUAGGUACUAACCACUGCAUAUCAGGAGACUUGGCAUUUUGGAGAUGCUCUGACCUAGUUGUCUAGUCAUCACUUUUUGGUCCUUGUCAAAGUCACUCAGAUCUUUUCGCUUGCCCGUGUUUUCUGCUUCCAACACAAAAUUCAAGUGCUGACUAAAAUGUCCCAUCCCUUGACAGGUGCCAUUGUAACAAUAUAAUCAAUUUUAUUAAUUUCACUUGUCAGUGGUUUUAAUGUUGUGGCUGAUCAGUGUAAUUGUUUAUCAAAAUGUUUCUUUGUGUUGCUUUAUGUCAAAAUAUUUCCUUCCUAUGUUAACAAUAUUAUUGUUUAAAUAUAUGUAUUAUAUUAUCUCUACUCUUUAAUUGGUAUAGACAACUUGUAGUGGGUAUAAUUUGUUUUUCCAAACGUAUAAAAAGAGCAAAGCCAUUUUAGAAAGAAGAUAUUAUGAUUCCCUCAAAGACUAGGUAGUCCACCAUCAUAUGAUUCUUAUUUGUUCAUUUUGUUACCAGUCCUUCCAUCUGUAUUUUAUUUAUAAUGUUUGUUUUAUUAAUUCUGUUUUUAUUCUUGUCUCCAUUGUUUAUGCAUUUACUUCCCCUCGCUAUAUUUUUUGUAAUUUCCCAGCUCCCUUAAAGGACCACUAUAGGCACCCAGACCACUUCAGCUUAAUGAAGUGGUCUGGGUGUCAGGUCCAUCUAGGAUUAACCCUUUUUAAAAUAAACAUAGCAGUUUCAGAGAAACUGCUAUGUUUAUAAUAUGGUUAAUCCAACCUCUAGUGGCUGUCUCAUUGACAGCCACUAGAGGCGCUUGCGUGCUUCUCACUGUGAAAAUCACAGUGAGAAGACGCCAGCGUCCAUAGGAAAGCAUUGUAAAUGCUUUCCUAUGAACUGGCUGAAUGCGUGCGCGGCUCCUGCCGAUGACGUCACUAUGGAGGAGGAGAGCUCCCCGUCCGGCCCUGGAGAAAGGUAAGAUUUUAACCCCUUCCUCUCCCCAGAGCCCGGUGGGAGGGGGACCCUGAUUGUGGGGCCACCCUCAGGGCACUAUAGUGCCAGGAAAACUAGUAUGUUUUCCUGGCACUAUAGUGGUCCUUUAAAUAUCAUCCUUCUCCAUUCUUCCCCCUUUAUCUUGAUUUAUUUGUCACUGUGUUAGAUACAUAUAGCUACUGACAUAAAAGCUCUGUGACAUACAGCACACAGACAGGCGUACUCACUAAUGUCAAAAAUGCAAACAGACAGUGACCUACACUAUCUUGUACAUGAUGACAUACAGAUAAAAACACUAACCCAAAUUUAGAAUUAAAACAAUUAUUGGCUGGGAUAAUAGGACAACACAUUAAUCCUUAAUAUCUUUUUCCCCCCUCUUUUAGGAAUAGUUAUGAUUUGUGUCAUCAUUGUAUCAAGAAAGGUUGGGGUAAACCCAGACAACGUCGCAACUCCAAUAGCAGCCAGUCUCGGAGAUUUGAUCACUCUUUCACUGCUGGCAGGAAUUAGCAGCACUCUGUAUUCCUAUAGAGGUAUGUUGCAUAUAUAAUGAACAGAUUUAACACUGCACCAAACCAGUUAUACUUUUUAAAUAUCAUGAGACUCCAUGCAUUUAAAAAUAAAUAAAUAAGGGAAUUGGGGGUAGACCUGGAACAUGCAUUUCUCAGAAGUGUUGCUGCCAUAGAGACCAAAAUUUAUACAAAAUACAGAUCAAGGAACAGUGCACACACACAAAUAGAGUUUUACAUUUUACAAAAAAUCACCUAAUUAAAAACAUUUGGGGGAUCAGUUCGAUCAUAUAGCCAUAUAGUGUUAAGUUCACCACUACGCCAUUGUAGCCCAAUAUCGGUGAGUUCUACAUUAAUUUUAAUGUGGGAGUCCAAUUAAAUAGUGCUAAAUAAACUAAAAUGUAUUUAAUGAAUAUGUUGUGUGUGUCUAUAUAAUGCAAAAGAGGCUUCAUGCAUAAGACAGAAUCUGUUCUAAAAUGCGCUAGGUUUUACAUCAGUGAUACUGAACAUACCUAUUGCUGCGGAAUAAUCUAUCCAAGUGGAAGUCUCUGCAGAAAGAAAGGUUGUUAGCUCUUUAAAGUAGGUGUACAUGUCCAAAAUCCACAGGGAGGCAGUGAUAUUGUCCUGGGAAAAAUCCUAGUGCACUCUCAGGUGAGAAAAGGAAUAAAUGUGCUUUUUCUCAUAAGGUUUCUUGUCAAAUGUAUUUUUAUGCUCCGGUGUUGGUUUCUGUAUGACAGUUGUUUUCAAGGGCUUACAUGGUUACCACUUGAGUAAUUUGAAAAUUAAUGUGACAUGGACUUCCUCUAAUAUUCUAUUUUUCUUUUCUUUUUUUUCUGUAGUAAAUAUUUCUUUGUUUUGGGAUUUAAAUAGCAAAACAUGUGGGAAAUUUCAGUUGGGAGGAACCAAAUAUAGCCCCAAGUGUGAAUACAUCGUGUCAAAAAGAGGAACUCUCCCAUCUGCGAUUAAGGCUUAUUUAUAUGCACUUAACAAAUUUAGCAAAACUCUUUUUUUUAUUUGCUUCAUAGUAAACAUGGACAUUUCUUUUAAAAUUUUGAUUUACUGAAAUACCAUGCUCCAAAGGUAAAAAAUUGCAAAUCUGUGUUUAUUCUUUAAUAUUCCCAUAAUUUCCUGCUGCCACGACUAUACUAUUAUAGUUGACAUAAAUUUGUGUGUGUUCAGUUUUUUUUUAAUAUACUGGCACAUUUAUUUAAUUUCUGUUACACAUUUAAUUUCACUAAAACAUGUAAACAGUGUUUAUUGAGGUAAAUAAAAAAUAUAAUGUCAUAAACAUGACAGUUGCAGAUAAUGAGCAUAGUUUUUGAGAGCAUAAGAAGAAUGUAAAUGGUGCCCAAGAAGUAAAACUGGUGCCUACUGAGUAACUCUGGCUACAAGACUCUCUCCGGCAAGAACAAGCAAUUUUGGGUUCCUAGCUGGGCUUGGGCUCUAAUCAAUGUACUAAAGACAAUACUUAAAAAAUAGCCAAAUGGGACAUCACAAAGGUCUACCUUUUCAUUCCACCCCUGCUAUGAUUAGUCUUGUUAAUCGCCAGGAGAAGUAUUGAUGCCACUCUCUCUGUUUUAUUUUUUUUGUGUGUUUUUAUUUUUUAGAUUAUCAGUACUUAUCCCCUGCUAUCUGUGCCAUCUUCAUUAUCUUGAUCCCACUGUGGGUGAUAAUAGCCAAACAAAGCCCAUCCAUUGCCGAGGUUCUGAAAUCUGGCUGGCAGCCUGUAAUUGUGGCCAUGUCUAUAAGCAGGUAAUGAGAACUGUAGUGCUAGAGCACCUCCUUCAGAAAAAAUUAUCUGAACACCAUUGGACAGUAAACCAAAAACAAAAAAUUAGAUGCCAAAUAAUCUCAGUGCAGACAAAGCCGUGAGGCUAGUUGCAUCUCCUGGAUAUAAGUAUAGUAAUGUAGAGUAAAUAUCAAAAUACUGGCGAAUGUGAAAAAAUAAUAAUAAAUAAAUACAGGUCUCCAAACUGAUUUAUCAGUGAAAAAAUAUAUCUACAGGCAACUAUGCAUCAAAAAGUAUAUACCAGGUAGGGAUAUUAAGGCUUUAUUAUAAAAAUGGCUUGUAUGAAGAGAAUCUAUCCCAAAAUAUCCCCUAUCCAUGGUAUACCAGAAGGUACUCCUCCCAGCAUCAUUGUCACUUAUGAUUCCAAAUCCCAGAUCUGAUUCCUAUGCGCUGAUAAUCCAAUGGAAUAGUCUAACACUUAUCUGUUAAGUGUAAUAGACAAAGCGAUUUUACAUUGGUGAAGGGGUAUGAUACAUGUAGAAAGAAAGUGCCGUAGAGGAGAAAUUCUCCCAGUCAGAAGGUAGAAGGAGAGUAGGCAGUAAAGAUAUAGAGGUCAGACAGGCAUAGUAGCAAAGUAAGUCAGAUAGUAAAAAUCAGUAGUAUCAUGGACGCUCGUUUCGGUGCUUUGUAAGAUGCAUUACUAUAUUUAUAUCCAAGAGAUGCAACUAGCCUCAGGGCUUUGUCUGCACUGAGAUUAUUUUGCAUCUAAUUUUUUGUUUUUGGUUUAUCAUUACAUUGGGGUUAAGCCCCUUGAGACCCCUGGAGUCUCAUCUCGGUACUUAAGACUAGUGGUUACACCAGGCACGAUUACCCUAGGGUAUAGUGCUUGUGGUAGUACCCACUGUCUUAUUUUCUGUUCUUUUUUUACCAUUGGACAGUACCCAGUCUCAUUGAUUGUGGAACAGUCAUAAUGUUUUUUGUUAUAUAUAAUUCUGUGUUUUGCAUAUUUCCUUUAACAUCAUUUUGAUGUCUGAAGAGGUAUGAUGGGUAGUUUUUUUGCAAAGAAAAAAACACAUAUAUACUUGCUAGGCUCUUGUGCUAGAGGUACACCAUAACAACUGUAGCAGUCACUAUUUGAAUUUCAUGCAAAUCACCUUAUAUUUUACAUGAUUCUUUCCUCAAUGACAAACUCCAUAUUAUGAGUCCUUAUUUUAGUAAAUGUGGACACUUGACAGCAAUUAGGUGUGUGUUUUGUGUUGGCCUACAAAUGUAAUUCAUUAGGGUUUGGUGGAUGUUAUUGAUCUGAAACUCCUAUAAUAUUUGGAGCCUCCUACUGUUAAUGAUGUUUUGCUUCUAUAAGUAUUAGAACUCAGUAAUAUUAAUCAUCUUUUAUAAUCAUUUGAUUAAAUUUGACCUGCAGCUCCUUUAAUUACUGGAACCGAAUGAGGACAAAGAUAUUUCUAAAUGAACUGAAUUUCCACUGUGCUUUUACUCAGUUAAAACUUUUUAUCUUGUACUCUCUAUUCUCUCUUGUACUCCGUAUUUUAUGCACAUUACAUUUACAUAUCAUAUCUUUUAUUUUAUUUAUGUUUAGCACUGGUGGCCUGAUUCUGGACAAGACUGUUACAGACCCCAAAUUUGAAGGAAUGGCUGUAUUUACACCGGUUAUUAAUGGUGCGCCUUUGUAUCUUUAUGCAUCUUUGUAUCCUCACUUUAUCUUUACAUAAUAACUUUUAAAUAUUAAGGCAGAAUUAGAAUUUUAGUUGAAAAAUAAACUAACUAGAUAAAAAAAAAUAACUCCAUUGAAUGCAAUGUUUUCUGUACUGGUUGAUCCUGAGGAGAAAACACCAACAUACCCAAAAUACAAUUUUCAUCUCAUCCCAUAAUCAUAAAUGGCAAAAUUAAUUUGACUCAGUCAGAUUUCAUCAUGGAACAACAUUUCCUUAUCCAGGUUUAAACAUCAUAGCCAUGUUUGUCUGUAAUUGGUAAAGAAUGCCUAAUCUUUCCUUCUUCUGUCCAUUCAUAUUGGCUGAUCCCCUACAUGCAUUACACAGAGAAAAAGAAGUAACUUAUCUGAUGAAUUUUAGGGUGAGCUUAAUCAGCCACUCUUAGCACCAUAAGAGCGUAUGUCCUUCAUUGUGGUUAUAGUCAUAGGAGGCUGUGAAGCAUUGUCUAAAAGUAUGCAAUUCAUAAAUCCUAACCGCAAAGCAUGUACUUUGUCUCCACCUAUAGGUUGUGGGAAAAAAUAAUUCCCUUUUUUUUAUCUUUUGUUGAAAUUAAAGGGACAUGCAUCACCAUGAGACAACACUCUCAUUCAAAAGCUUUAGCUUUGAAUGAGACAGCUGCCUCACCCUGCAGAUUGAAAAAAGCCGAUAUAUACGAUUUUAUCUCAUGUUUCAUGAGAGUAGUCGGAGCCUUACCCAGCACCGAGGAACUUCGGCGCAGGACUCCGGUAAGUCACUGAAGGGGUUUUAACCCCUUCAGCAACUUGGGAGGGAGAGUAACACUGUAGGGUCCUGUAGUGCCAGGAAAACAAAUAUGGCACUGGAGGGUGCCUUUAAGUCCUGUAAGUUGGGAGGUGGGGCCUUCAUGGAUCGAAUUUGUUGUUCCAGCACAUCUCACAGAUGCUCAGUUGGAUAGAGAUCUAGGAAAUUUGGAGGCCAAAGCCACACCUUGAACUCUCUCAUGUUCCUCAAACCAUUCCUAAACGAUUUUUGCAGUGUGGCAGGCUGCAUUAUCCUGCUGAAGGCCACUGCCAGUGUGAAUAAGGGGUGUAUACAAUGUGCAACAAUCUCUAGGUAGAAGGUAUGUGUCGAAGUAACAUCCACAUGAUUGGCUAGCCCCAAGGUAUUCCUGCAGAACAUAGCCCAGAGCGUAACACCACAUCCGCGGGCCAGCAUUCUUCCCAUAGUGCCUCCUGUUGCUAUCUCCUCCCUAGGUAAAUGACACACAAGCACUGGGCCAUCCACCUUAUCUAAAAGAUAACGUAAUUCAGCAGUGAAAGCAACCACCUUGCAUUGCUCCACGGUCCAGUUCUGAAACCCAUGCCCCCAUUGAAGGCACUUUCAGUGAUGAACAAGGGUCAUCAUGGACACUUGGUUAUGUAUGUCGCUGCUUAGCUUCAGACCAGUUAAACUGUUAUGCACAAUAACUCUUUUUUGUGAUCGGACCAGACACGCUAGCCCUUGCUCCCACGUGCAUCAAAAAGCCUUGGGCGCCCAUGACCGUGAUGGCAGUUCAUCAGUUGUUGCAUUGUAUUUUUGGUAGGUAUUAACCACUGCAUGCCGGGAACUCCCCACAAAGCUUGACAUUUUGGAGACACUAUGACCCAGUCCUAGCCAUCAUUAUUUGGCCUUUGUCAAGCAACUUUUUACUUGCCCAUUUUACCUACUUCCUACACAUGAAAUUCAAGAACUUACUGUUCACUUCCUGCCUAUAAUAUAUCCCACCCUUUGACAGGUGGUUGUAAUAAUAUAAUAAAUGUUAUUCACUUCACAUGUCGGUGCUUUUAAUGUUGUGGUUGGUCAGUGUAACAUUGUUCUUUACCACUAUAAGCCAACCCCUUCUUAGAGCAUAGUAUAAAAUGUGCAGCAUUACAAAAUAUACGGGCACUUUAUGAAUGUUAAUAUAUGUAUUUAUUUUAUAAAUAUUUAGAUUUGUGUGUGUGCCCCUUUCAGUUCAAAAUUAUGUGAUAUGUGUGUUGCUUUAUCGAAGAUUGUGAUUUUGGUAGUACAGUGAACAGUGUUUCUUUUUUUUUUUUAAAUCUAGUUUCAUUGUGAGGCUAAGUCAGUAAAUCAGUAAUUGUGGAACACUGAAUAUGGAGUUGCACAUUUGAAUCAAAAUAGCCCUGUUAGGAAAAUAAUAAAUUUCCCUUUAAGUGAAUAUGCUCCUUUUUUGUUACCUCCAUAUGCUUAAUCUGAGAUUAACACUCUUUCUGGUUUCUGGGUGGUCAGGUGUUGCUGGUAACCUGGUUGCCAUACAGGCUAGCCGAAUCUCAACCUUCCUUCACUUCUGGAGUGUGCCUGGUGUGUUACCGCACCGAAUGAAGCAACACUGGCCGGACCCGUAUACCACCUUUUUCUCUACAGGUAAAACACCUCCCGAAGCAGUGUAAACUGUGUCAAAAAUAAUUCCACUUGCAUUGCAGAGCUGUUUGUAUGUUUUGUAACAGAACGUCUAAUAUAGUCCUCAAAUCCUGAUGUCAGAGUCAUGACUUGUGCAGUAGUGCGUGUUGGGUUGGAUGGUUUCCUUUUCAAUCUUUAAUAAUUUAAUAAGUAGUGGAUAAGCUUAUCAGUUAUUUUAUCAAGCUUGAGAGAAUUUCGUUCCAACCUCUUCUAGUAACUAACAUCAUGGAAAGUUGUGCUUUAUUAGCACUUGUUGGAUAAGCUAUAUCAUUACAGUUUUGCCUUGUUUGUAAUUACAUGUACAAUCAGGGCCGGACUGGCCUACCGGGAUACCGGGAAAUUUCCCGGUAGGCUGCCGACCCUGGGGCCGCUUUGACAUGUGGCUGCACCCACAAGACUGGAAAAUAUUUAUUUCCCGUUUGUCCUUCUGCGGCUGUGCUUCUGCAGCUGAUUGUCAGAAAUUAGAGCCGCGAGCGCAAAGAUUUUUCCUUCACCAGCCGCCGGAUGUGAACGGCACAUGACGUCAUAUCCGGCGGCUGCGCGGCGGCGGCUCUACACUGCGCAGCAAAGCGGCGGCCGGCUGCAUCCCCUCCCUGCUUGUGCAGACCAUCCAUCACUAUUGAGCUGAGCUGCCCUGUUGGCAUCCUGACUUGAAAUACAGGUAGGAGUAAAGGGGCUUGGGGGACCUAUUGUGUAUUACAUUUGGGAGUGCAUUAGGGGGGAGCCUAUUUAAUACACUGCUGACCCCCCUCAGGUAAAUGAGGAGGGGGAUUGGGGCACUAUGUAUGGGGGGAAGUGAUUGGGGCACUAUCUAUAGGGGGAGGGAUUGGGGCACUAUAUAUGAGGGGGAGGGAUUGGGGCACUAUCUAUGAGGGGGAGGGAUUGGGGCACUAUCUAUAGGGGGAGGGAUUGGGGCACUAUCUAUAGGGGGAGGGAUUGGGGCACUAUAUAUGAGGGGGAGGGAUUGGGGCACUAUCUAUGAGGGGGAGGGAUUGGGGCACUAUCUAUGAGGGGGAGGGAUUGGGGCACUAUCUAUAGGGGGAGGGAUUGGGGCACUAUCUAUAGGGGGAGGGAUUGGGGCACUAUCUAUGGGGUAGGGAUUGGGGCACUAUCUAUGGGGGGAGGGAAUGGGGCACUAUCUAUGAGGGGGAGGGAUUAGGGCAGUAUCUAUGAGGAGGGGGAUUGGGGUACUUUCUAUGAGGGGGAUAGGGGUACUAUAUAUGAGGAGGGGGAUAAGGGUACUAUAUAUGAGGAGGGGGAUUGGGGCACUAUCUAUGAGGAGGGGGAUUGGGGCACUAUCUAUGAGGAGGGGGAUUGGGGCACUAUCUAUGAGGGGGAUAGGGGUACUAUAUCUGAGGAGGGGGAUAAGGGUACUAUCUAUGAGGAGGGGGAUUGGGGCACUAUCUAUGAGGAGGGGGAUUUGGGCACUAUCCAUGAGGAGGGGGUUUGGGGUACUAUAUGUGAGGAGGAGGUUUGGGGUACUAUAUAUGAAUAGGGGGAUUAGGGCACUAUCUAUGAGGAGGGGAAUUGGGGUACUAUAUAUGAGGAGGGGGAUUGGGAUACUAUCUAUGAGGAGGGGGAUUGGGGUACUGUCUAUGAGGAGGGGGAUUGGGGCACUGUCUAUAAGGUGAGUGAUUGGGGCAAUAUCUAUGGGGGAGGGAUUGGGGUACUAUCUAUGGGGAGGUGGAGUGGGGGGGUAGAAUGUGUACUAUCUGUGGGGUUAGGAGGAGAAUAUAGUACUAUCUACGGGGGAGAAGAGGUGAGUAGGUUACUUCUAUGGGAGGGAUUGGGUACUAUCUAUAGGGGAAGAGGAGGAACAUAGGCUAUUAACUAUGGGGGGAAGGGAAUGGGCUACUAACUACAGAGGGCAAAGACUAGGCUUCUUCUACCUAUGGGAAAUAGGAGGGAAAAAACAGACUACAAACUAUGGGGCAGUAAUGGGCUACUAGCUAUUGCAGAUGGAAAUGGACUACAGACAAUGAGGGAUACAAAUUGACAACUUCAUUCACGCAGAGAGUCAGUGUCCACCAUACACAAGAACACUUUGACCCACUACACACUUCUGCUCCUUUACGCUCAUCAAACCUCCAGACACAUCCCUGCAUUCUCACACACACACACACACACACGUCCCUACAUUUAAACACAUUGACCUGCUCCAUAUAUAUGCACCUGUAUCCACACGAACUACAUACAAAUAUGGCCCUGCAUAUACACCGACACAUAAAACUAUUAAUACAAAUAUGCCCCUGAAUACACACAAAUUGAAGUUGUGUACAUACUUGAAUAAAUAAUAUGCAAUUUAAAAAUAAAUAAAAAUACUGUGCACAAGCAUUUGAGGUGGCUCAUAACGUUUCACAUCUGGCUGGCAACUCAACCCCUUCUAAUCUGCAUUCACACACCAACAUUCCCCUACACUCCACUAUCCUGCUCCAGUUACUAAUUUAUACACACAAAUAUAUAUAUAUAUACACUCACACACAAGGCUCAAUGACAUGGGGCUGGCAUAGAUUUUUUCCAGGGCUGCUGUGUAUCCCCAGUCCGGCCCUGUGUACAAUGAGCAGUUACUUUUUGAUUCUUAAUUUUAAGACACUGUAUCUGCAUUUGUAAUUGCACGCAAAAAAUAAAGUAUUGAACAAAAAGUUAAAAUCCCACCAACCCUAAAGAACAUGCUAACUCAGGAAUCUUGUGUUCCAGAACAAGGUUGUUAAUCUUAGGCCAUUAAAGGACAAAUGUUUUAAUCUAAUAAUCCUUUCAUUAAGUAUUGAUAGGAAAUAUUUUUUAAUGAAGUGCAUGUAAAGAAAAUAUGAAAAACUCAUCCUUACCUUUAUAACUGACAGUUUGUCUCUAUCGUCUUCCCUGCUUCACUUCCUGCACAGAAACAGGGAAGACCAUAGAGACUGUUCGUUUUCAAACACUGCCGACCAAAGGGGCAUGUACAUGGCUGAAGGAUCCUAUAGGGAUGAGUUUGUCCCAUAUUUUUUUCUUUUCUUAAUGAAGUACACCUCCUUUAACCCUUGCAGAGCUGGCCUGGUCACCUAAACGGUGACUAGGGCGCUAUACCAUUAGUAAUACAUGUUUGUAUUCCUAACACUUUAGUGUCCUUUAACUGGCAGUAAAAUUCUGAGUAUAUAAUCUGACAGAUGGAGGCCAAGCUUUAGGACUUGUGAUUUAAAACGUGUAAUUUACAGACAGAUUGUAAAUAUUCAUCUAGGCCCCUCCACCUAACGCCUGCCUGUGAUUUAUAGCAGAUUUGUUGAUGGUCAAUUUUUCUGAUUUUUUCUGAAAUUCUGUCUGCAGGUAACAUUGGAAUUUCACUGAAAUUCCAGCACGAUCAAGAGAAAUGCAACACAAAGUUGCAUGAUACAACAUCGAGUCUCCUUUUUAAACUCCUUCUUAACUUUAGGCUGUUUCCAAUUGUAUUCUGUGUAAUACACACCUGGCUAAGAAUUGUGGGAGUUACAGUUGAUGGCAUCUUGUAGGCGGUUUCCUCUGACCACAAUUAACCCCAGAUCAUCUUUCCCUAGUUGAUCUGUUUUAAAGGCUGGUAUUGUCUCUGUAUUGUUUUGUACACUGAAAGAAUUGAACAUUACUGUAACAAUAUCUGCAUUUAAGCAAAGUUUUAACUGUAUACAGAGUGAAUUAAGCAUUGUGAUAUUUUUUUCCCAUUAUUCUUCUUUUUACAGGUGUCAAUUCAAAAUCUGCUCGAGUAUUAUUCUUGUUGGUGGUCCCUGGGCACCUGCUCUUCCUCUACACAAUCUACUUCUUACAGGGAGGGCACAUCUCUCUCACUCCACUGUUUGUGACACUAUAUUUGGCUGCUGCCCUGCUGCAGGUAACACUGUUUAAACAAAGGACAGCACACAUUUUUAGAUGAUAAUUCAUGGUUGCGGAACCUCUCUCCUCUCUAAAGUUCUCGUGUUUAGAAUGUGCUUGUGUCUACAGUUGUUGCAGAGUUUGCACAUGCAUCUUCCUAUUUUGGAGCAGAUCACUUUUCGGAAAAACAAUGUUGUGCAUUCUGUAAGGGUUAUCUACUGAACUGUGCAUAGCAGAGAACCUAAUUUUCCCCCCUAAAAAAAUCCAGCUCUGCUAUUUUGGCCUAAAUUUUGAAGUGCCUUGUAAUUAUCCACUAAGUCUAGUUCAGUGAGUAAACAUCAUUUUGGGAGAGGAAACCAUACCAAAACCAAAUACGUGUCUACAAACCUUGUUUAGUAAUAUAAGAAAGAGAGAGUGGAUGCAUAAAUUAAACCCACACCAGUUGUCACUGUGAACUUGAGAAAAGUAGUGCUGAAAUAGUGAUUUCAGCAUAAAAGUGACAGUUUCAGCUGCAAACAACCCCAAGGUAUAAAUACAUUAUCUAAUGCAUAAAAAUUAGGGGGGGGGGGAUCUGCUUAUCCCUAGAACGUGCUUUGUCCAUGUUCGAUAGUCUAUACCCAACAACCAAAUUGUAUCGAAUUAGUUUCAGUAGCAGUGCUAUAUAUUUUCCUUAAACUCAUGCUCAGUUACCUCAUUUCAAGGGAUACUCUAAGCACCAAAAUAACUUCAGCUUGAUAAAACAGUUUUGGUGUUUAGAUAAUGCCCCUGCGGUCUCACUGCUCUGUUCUCUUCCAUUUAAGAGUUGAGUCACUGCUGUUUUUGUAGCCCUAAUCACACCUUCCCUUGCUAGAACUUACACAGUCUCCAUGGUAAAAAAAAAAAAAAGGUGUAUUUGUAAUCAAAUCUUACAGCACAAUAUGUUUAUUUUAGAAGUUUUUACCUCUUGCUGUUAAUUGAACUUUAGUCACACACACACACUAAGGAGACUACACUAGGCUCUAGCAAUCUUUUAAAGGGAACCUAUUGGUUCCCUUCUGUCUACCCCCCCUUUACUAAUAAAAAAAAAAAUAAGUUAAAUAAAGAUUACUUUCCUUGUUUCCAGUGCUGGCACCCCUCCGCUGCAGCCACCGAAUGCAUCAGCAUGCCUGCUGACAUCUUCCACGGUCUCCUCCAAUCCAGUGCUUUUCAUAGAGAAGAAAUGGAUUGAAGAUACGCACGCGCUGCAUUUAUUAAUUGACUCCAGGACAGAGCUUUACCUGUUCUGGAGGAGAAAGCACUUCUAGUGGCUGCCAGGAAGACAGACACUCGAGAUGUAUUUAACCAUACAAUGUUAACAUUGAGGUUUCUACAAAACUGCAAUGUUUUACUUUAGUGGUCCCUUAACAGAGCAAGAGAUAAGAAAUUCUACGUUUAAAACACUGUGGAAAAAAUGAAGCUAAACAAUGUUUUAAGUCUUUUUUCAGUGUAAAAAACAGGAACAAGUGCUCUCUAUCUGUAAAUGAGCUGCAAUUCACCAACAAGGUGUUCCCUUAACCUUGUGAAAAACAAAACAGGUAUAUGAAAUAGAAAGGUGAACAGCGCUAACAAUAUAUAAAAAAUAUAUAUUACAUACGUGGUAGAAGAUACUUGUCAAUGAUAUAGCUUAAAAAAGAACAAAAUAGAAUAAUAGUGCAAUAUAUUAUAACAGCGGACUAAAUAUAGAAGGAAUAUAUGAUCCAAACUCACACUUUGGAGAGCUAUAUAAGCUCAAUUGGAAGGGCCUGGACGGAAUAAUCCCCGUCUGUGGAUUUCUUGAUAUGAGAUCUUCCUGGUAGGCUUAUAGAGAUGGACUUUCACAGUAUAUAAGACAGGAAACAAAAGGAUCACUAAUAGUGUAAAUAGUACAUGUAGGUAUAUUGCAAAUAAAAAUAAUCCUACUUACAUAUACUAGAGCAAUGGACCUGCUCUAGUGUGAACAGCUUCAGGUGGAAUAAUCCCCACCUAAGGAUAUAAAGGACCCAGAGGUAGCAGCAGCAAGAUGAAGUAGGAAGUAGGACUGGGAGAGACUGGAUUUACCUACAAUGUAUAUACUUUAAUUUGAUUUGAUAAUUUGAUAAGAUUUUUCCAAGUCUUUUUUCAGGACUUGUGUAGGGAGGCUGUAUGAGCAACAACCAAGGCAGCUGUGGCUAGGGCAGCAUUAACAAAGUGAUACUCCAAAAUGGCAGUGAGACUGCAGGGGCAUAAGCUAUACACAAAAAACACUUAAUUAAGCUAGAUUCACUUUGGCGCUAAGAAUAUCUCAUUAAGUACUUCUUACCAAUAGAUUAUUUUCAAGGCUGUAUAGAAAGUAUACAAGGUUCCCCAUAAUCUUAAAUUUAGUUAAGAUGCAUAUGCUGCCUUUUCUCUGGCAAUUUAAGCAUUUUUAUUUCGGAGAAAUUGCAAUAUUCACAUUUACUAGAGAAUAUGUCUCUAGUGGCUGUCUUCAGCAUCAUCAUGCUCAGUAUGAAAAAUUACAAAUGAUGAUUUACCAGAAGGUGGAGCAGCUGCACUGAAGCAACAGUCUUGGCACUGGAUAAUAGGUAAAAUAUAAAGGGGAGAGGCUGGAAAAUUAUUUUUAUAGCACUACUAAAGUCUCCUAGACCACUUCAUCUCAAUGCAGUGGACAUGUACUUUUAACCCAGUUAAAACAUUGCCAUUUUACAAAAACCUUAAUGUCUAACAUUAUGGGUUAAGUACACUAUUUGUGGCAGUCAUACUGACAGCCACUAGAGGCACUUCCACUGCACUGACUGAGUAAAAUGCAGUCACUUGGCAUUGCAGUUCACAUGAAAGCAGUGGAUUUAAUAUUUUUCCAUGAGAGGCAUUGGAUGUGUGCAGUACUCGCCAGUGCUCCUCUGUGACAAAUUUUGGAUUGGAAGAUGUCACAGGAGGUAGAUAGGUCAGCAGUGGAAGUCUCGGCUCUGGAAAAAGGCAAGAAAUCCAUAUAUGUGUAAUUUAUUUAUAGUGCAAAAGGCAGAGGCCCACUAACCAAACUAUGGGAUAGAGCACUAUAGUGCUCGGAAUACAGGUUUGUAUUCUGGUCACUAUAGUGUUUUUUUUUAUUUUUUUAUUUAAAUAAAAUUAUAGAAAGCUAUCAGUAGUGUACAUUGGAGUAUGUUUUGAAACACUAAAAUACACAAAUAUUUAAAUGUAUAAAGGAGGCGCUUGCUUUUUCAAGAGAAUAGGAUUUUUAGUGAUCUACCUCUAAAAUGUAUUUUCUGAAAUCAUCCAGUACAUGCUAAUAUUUAAUUUUUUUGUUGUUGCAGCUAUGUUUCCAUGAUACAAAACAUGUUGAGAGUUUGUUUAAAUAAAUAAAGUCUUACCUGGUAUUAUACUAAGCUGUUCUACUAUAGAAGGAAGUUUUAAAAAGUUAACUCCACCUUUAUAUUGGUUAGCUUAAAGGGAUUCUCUAGUGCCAGGAAAACAAACCAGUUUUCCCCUGCACUGUAAAAUCCUGGAGUGCCCCCCCUCCCUCCUGCGUCGCUGAAGGGGUUAAAACCCUGACAGUCACUUACCUGAAUCCAGCGCCGAUGUCCCUCUGCGCUGGGUCAGGCUCCGCUCACGCUCCUCCCCCGCCGACAUCUGCGCAUUAGACCUCCGCAUAGGAAAACAUUAUUCAAUGCUUUCCUGUGGGGUUUCCGGUGACGCUGGAGGUCCUCACGCAUAGCGUGAGGACGUCCAGCAUCAUUUAGACGACCAAAAGUCAUCUAAGAACGCGGAAGUCCCUCUAGUGUUGGUCUAGUAGACGGCCACUAGAGGAGGACUUAACCCAGAAAGGUAAUUAUUACAAUUUAUAAAAACUUCAAUAAUUACACUUGCAGGGUCAAUGAGCUAAAGUGGUCUGGGUGCCUACAGUGUCCCUUUAAUUCUGCAUUGCAAUAGAAAGUGAAAUAGUUAAGGGAUAGACUGUAAUUUAUCCUCUUCAUUGCAGAAAACACAAUGACCAAUUGGAACACAACUUGCGAUAAAAUGCUCUUUAUAUGGAUUCAUAUAAGUUGUACACAAAGGGGUUUAUACAUUAAACCAGGAAUGAGAAUUAACACGGGAUCUGAACAUACUAUAAAAACAGCAGAGUUAAAGUGUUUUUCCUAUUCCAUCUAAAUAUAUUCUGUUAAGUAUACUUAAUGAAACGGCAAAUUCACUUUCACAAACCAAAAAACCACAACAGACAAUAAGCCCGCCAGGAAACCAGUAUAUGAAAUAUUAAGUACAGACAGUAUUAGCAAUAGCUUGGCUUUGUAGACAAUACUGAUAAUGGCACAUUUCACAUUGUGUGUUGCUUAUUCAUUUUACAGGUUGCCAUUCUGCUGUAUAUUGCUGACCUCAUUGUGCGGUUCGUAUGGAGAAAAGAACUCGAUCCUGACAACUUCUCAAUCCCUUACCUCACAGCCCUCGGGGACCUCCUUGGCACAGGGUUUCUGGCACUGUGCUUCCGGGUAGUUUACCUUAUGACAGGAUGA